AUGUCCGCCUCGCCCGCGGCGUCGCUUCGCCGGCGCCAGACCGAGAUCCGCAAGCUCCUCCGCGGCGGCUUCACGAAGCACGCGCUGCUUCGGCGCGCGAUGGAGGGUUGGAAAGACGCGGGGCGGGACGCGCUGACGGACAUCGCGAACGCGCUCGCGCUCCGCGGCGAGGGCGCGUCGCGUCCGCUCCCGGAGCAUCUCUCGACGCUUCCGGGGCUGACGGAGAAGAUCAAGGCGAAGCGAGAGGCGAAGUUCGAGGCCGCGCUGAGGGCGCUGAGGAAGGUGCGAGGGGGAUGGCGCGCGAGAGAGGGCGACGACGACGACGACGAGGAGGAGGAGGAGGAGGAGGAGGAGACGCGCGCGAAGAAGGCGGAGAAGGACAAAAAGAAGGGCGGCGGCGGCGACGGCGACGCGGCGUUCGUCGCGGCGCUGACCGAGGUGGACGCCGUCGUCGACGCCCUCCGCGCGCUCCUCGACGGCGACGACGACGACCUCGCCGCGCUGUUAGACCCGGACGACGCCGCGACGACGACGACGACGCGCGGGAGGAAGAAGAAGAGGGAGGACGACGUCGACGACCCGCCGUUCGGCGGCGCGUCGGCGUCGACGCUUCUCGACAUGCUCGAGCGCGCGACGGAGGCGUACCGCGAGGAUUACUUCGUGAAGCGCGAGACCCUGGACGCCGUGCUCGACGCCGCCGCGUCCGCGACGAGGGAGAAGGAGAAGGAGAAGGAGAAGAGCCGCGGCGGCCGCGGGACGGACGACGAGGGAGGAGAGGCGCGCGGGGAGGGCUCGAAGGAUCAACAUUCGUUGGACCUGAGCCACGAGACGCUGACGACGCUCGUGGCGACGUGGAUCUUGUCGCCGGCGAUCGACGACGACGCCGUCGACGAGUUCGCCGCCAUCGCCGCGAGGGAGACGAGCGCGACGUGA